AUGGACGCAGAAAAUUCUCGCCGGAGCGCUUGUGAUCGAUGUCGGGGCCAGAAACUUCGCUGCGUGAGACGACCGAGCAACCCCAACACAGCCGAUCAAAAAGCCUUAGAACCCUGUGAGCGCUGUAUCAAAGCUGGGGUCGAGUGUAUUCACACCAUUCAUCCACAUCCUCGUCGGAAGGCAUCGAGAAUUCAUGAGCAAAUGCCCCCUCGAUCAGUGUCGUCUCUUCCAUCCGAUGUAUAUCGAACAGCUACCAGCGUGGACUUCAUUCCAUCAGCCGAGAGCGAUGAAGGAACAUUCGUCUCUAAAGAUCUAAUCUCCUUGCCAACUCCUCAAUCGAUAUCGGGUCACCAAAUGAACGGGACCGGCCGAGACCAGUAUGAGACGGCGUCUCCGUCCAAGAGAAGGUUGACAGCGCCCACGAUCCGACUACAAUCUGGGCGUCCGAAGUUCCAACACAACAGAGGCCCUCGCCAUCGAACAUCCUCCUUACCAUCUAGGCAGCUCUCUUCUACUCCAGAGGGACCCCUAGGAUUUCGUCCCGAUGCUCCGUUUGACUCUGAGGACUUCGAUCUCGCAAUGUGGCUGGACCCAAACCCCACCCUCUCCCACGAUGAUCAAAACGUGGCUGUGACGCAAUUGUGGUCCAAGCCAACCGAAAAUGCCAUGCACUCCUCCCUGAACGUCUCCGCAAACGUCAAUGCGAAUGACGGCUCAAAGCUGAUGCCGAACAACGACGGCGGCAAAGAAGAAUGCCUGCAUCUCUUGUCGGAGCUCAGCUCGCGGCUUUUGAAGGAGUUUGGCAGAAGGAACUCUAUGAAGCUCGAAGAUAUUCUGUAUUCUUUACCAGAGUGUAGUCCCUCACAACCAGAUGGUUCCAACGGGAUGGAUACGGUGUCUAUCUCUCCCAAGAAUACGAUCGGCAUGUUGCUAGAGAGCACUCAGAGUUUCUUAGAAGUUCUUAAACAUCUCGAACUCGAUCAAUUCUCAUCCUCAAAUUCCGAGUGUGGCUACUCGGAGGAUGGGGAUGAGCUGCAAUUGGUUUCCACCACGGAUGAUUACAGUUGCAAUCAGCAGGACGCAACUACGAUGGGCUUUGGUGGUGGGAAUGCAAGCAGCCACUCUGCAGAUUUCAGCAGCUCGGCGAGAUCUCGUCACUUGGCAGAUACGCCCGAUAUGCCCACCACAAUGAUGAUACUCACUUCAUACACUUGGCUUUUACAGGGCUACGAAACAGUGUUCUCUGAAAUAUACAAAACACUUCUAUCCCGUGCUAAGUUCUCUGGCGAAGCAUAUCCAGUCCACUCAGUUAUUCCAGGACUCCAGAUCGGUGGCUUCGCCCUCGACAAUCACCGAGACCUGCAGCUUGAGAUUCUAAUCCAGAUAAGCACCGUAAUGCUUGAACGAGUUGAGAUUGUCUUGGGGGUGAAGGCGGUUUCGCAGCAGCCCUCAAGUAGCCAAGAUCGAUCGCAAAAUUCAGGGCGUGGGAUCUUUGGCAAUAUGGCAUCGGCCUCUACACUGCUGGAGAUCUGCUUCAACAACAAGGAUGUAGGGGCUGCUAACGGUGAUCGUCAUGGUGGGCCUGAAUUGGUGAGGGAGACGAUGGAGAAUAUCAGGGCGUUUCUAAGGGACAGAGAUGGAUUCUCGAUCGACGAGGUCCUAGACCGGUAG